AUGGUCAUUGACUCGGGACGGGAGACUCUAUCCUACAAGGCGGGUGAGAUCAAGGCGGAUGCCUCAUCUAAGCCAGAUAUCAAGGAUAUCAACAUCACACUGGAUAAGGAGAGCAGUAAGCCACUUCCUGUGACUCUCCUCUCUGGGUUCCUGGGCAGUGGAAAGACCACACUCCUCGAGCAUAUUCUCCAGUCAUCUGACCAUGGCCUUCGCAUUGCCGUAAUUGUCAAUGACAUGAGCAGCCUCAACAUCGACGCCACCCUUAUCACACACCACACCGUCUCCCACACUAAAGAGUCCCUGAUCCAGCUCCAAAAUGGCUGCAUCUGCUGCACACUCCGUGGUGAUCUCCUCUCCGAGCUCGCGCGCCUGACCACCCUGAAAGAGGUCGAGUACGUCGUGAUCGAAAGCACGGGCAUUAGCGAGCCCAUGCAAGUGGCCGAGACAUUCACAGCGGAGUUCAGCGCCGCGAUGGUUCAAGCCGAAGCUGAGGGAGGUGUAUUAGACGAAGAAGGCAAGAAGAUUUUGCAUCAGAUAAACACCCUCGGUGGUCUCCACCAUCUCUCCACCCUCGACACGACAGUAACAGUCAUCGAUGCCUUCAACCUCCUCUCGAACCUCGACACCACCGACUUCUUGUCUGACCGCUACGGUGCGGACACGAUCAUUCCCGAGGACGAACGCACCAUCUCCGACCUGAUGGUCGACCAGAUCGAGUUCGCGGACGUGAUCCUCAUCAACAAGAUGGAUAUGCUGGCGUCGCGGCCGCACGACCGCGACCGGAUCAUGCGGCUCGUGACGACGCUGAACCCGUCGGCGAAGGUCCUGCAGACGAGCUAUUCCCGCGUGGACGUCAAGGAGAUCCUGGGCACGGGCCGGUUUGACUUCCUCAAGGCGGCGUCCGGGGCCGGGUGGUUGCGCAGCUUGCAUGAGAUGAGCAAAUUGAGGAUGGGGAAUGGGGAGGAGAGGUGGGCGCCUACGCCUGAGACUUUGGAGUAUGGAAUCAAUAACUUCGUCUACACUGCGCGACGGCCUUUCCAUCCUCGCAGAUUAUACAAUCUGCUUCAUGACAAGUUCAUUAUCCUACAGAAUGCGGCUGAUGAUUCUGGUGCUGAUCAUGAAGAGGAGGAGGACCAGGAACAAGACGCUACCGCUGAAUCCGACACGGAAAUGCACUCCGAUUCGGAGGUAGAGGAGGAAGAAGAGGAAGACCCGACCCAGCCCACCCCCCAAGAGAUUCUAGCCAACAAACGCGCGCACCCCCUCCUUCAACCCCUCCUGCGUUCCAAGGGCUUCUUCUGGCUCGCCACUCGACCCUACCAGUUCGGCGAAUGGAGCCAGGCCGGCGCCAUGUUGACGUUGAACUGCGGGGGUCCGUGGUUCGCCGAGGUCCCGGACGAGGCGUGGCCCGAGGACGGGGACGUGCGCAAAUCCAUCGAGGAGGAUUUCCAGGGCGAGUGGGGCGAUCGACGGCAGGAGAUUGUGUUCAUUGGGGAAGGGGUGGAUGUAGACGGGGUAACGGGUCUGCUGAAUGAGUGUCUGUUGAGCACCAAGGAGAUGAAGAGGUGGGAAAAGGUGAUGAGGGGCCGGAAGAUGGAGAGGGGGGAGAAGCAGGAGGUGAUGGCGGGAAUCUGGGAGGAUGGGUGGGAAGAAUGGCCUGCGGUUGAUGAGGAGUAUGAGGAUGAAGUUGAAGAUGAAGACGAUGAAAAUAACGAUGUCGAGGAAAAGACUGAGGAGGGGAAGAAGAAAAGGAAGAUCAGCGAGUUUAUGCACGGGGGUCAUGCCCACCACGGGCACUCGCAUAAACAUAAAUAG